AUGUCGAGCGACAUUGAGCGGCUGCAGGCGGAGCACUGCAAGUUGCAGCAGAGCUAUUGCGAUCUCAAGAAAAGUUACGAUCUUCUGUCUUCCGUGGCUGCCCUGGCCGAUCGCUCAUCGGAUUCACGGCUGGAAUUUAUGCGAAAAGUGGUGGCAAAAAUUGCCGAAGUUUAUGACAAAAAUUUGUACAGUGAUAUAACGAUUCAUUGUGAUGGGCAUCAGCUGCGUGGACAUCGUUUGGUGAUUUCUAUGAGAACUGAUUUUUGGGAUGAUCUUUCAAGCGCAGAAAGCAUUGUCUUUGAAGGCCAUGUUGAUGCAUUAAAUUUUUUGAUGCAGAAUGGCGCUGAGAUCAAUCAUCGUGUCCAGAAAACCGGCAAAAAUCUGUUGCAUAUAGCAGCUUCCACCAAAUGUUCCAAAGAAUUACUGGAUUGGACUCCGCUGUUGUAUGCUGUUGAGCUGGAAAAUGUUGAUGUUGUUGGAUUAUUUUUGAAAAAUUCAUUGAUCGAUGUGAACAUAACAGAUCAAAAAGGACGUUCACCGAUUUCAUGCGCACUUUUUGAAGUUAAAAAUAUGGCAGUCGCUGAAAUGAUUGCUGCAGCAGCAGGAGCUGAUUUGGAUAUUAAAUAUGCUGAUGAAAUUUUGGCCACAAUGCAUGCAACAAGCGGCAGCUGCACGCCCUUCUCAGAAGCGGUUCUGCUUGGAAAGUUCCAGUGCGCUGAGCUGCUUCUUCGAGUCGGAGCUGAUGUAAACGAAUGUGAUUCCAACGGUAGGUCUCUGCUGAUGCGUGCCGUAAGUGCUGGACUGGACGAUGCGGCUGUAUUUCUUCUGGAUCAUGGUGCAAAUCUUUCAGAAAAGAAGAACUGUUUUGCAUUGGCAGUUGAAUUCUCACUUCUUAAAACAGUACGCCGUUUCUGUCGUCUCAGUGAAGAAGAUGAAAUCAAUGAAAUUUUGGCCACAAUGCAUGCAACAAGCGGCAGCUGCACACCCUUCUCAGAAGCGGUUCUGCUUGGAAAGUUCCAGUGCGCUGAGCUGCUUCUUCGAGUCGGAGCCGAUGUAAACGAAUGUGAUCCCAACGGUAGGUCUCUGCUGAUGCGUGCCGUAAGUGCUGGACUGGAUGAUGCGGCUGUAUUUCUUCUGGAACAUGGUGCGAAUCUUUCAGAAAAGGGUUGUGAUAUUGAUGCUCCGGUACAAGACUGUGAUAAUCAGAGCAGCGGUGAUACACCACUGUUAGCGUGUAUUCGUUCUGGCUUUUACGAUGUUGCACGAUGCUUGGUUGAGCGUGGCGCUAGACUCGAUAAACAGUUUUACUGCAGGGGUUGUGAUAUUGAUGCUCCGGUACAAGACUGUGAUAAUCAGAGCAGCGGUGAUACACCACUGUUAGCGUGUAUUCGUUCUGGCUUUUACGAUGUUGCACGAUGCUUGGUUGAGAGUGGCGCUAGACUCGAUAAACAGGAUGCGGAAGGACGUACGUGUAUUCAUUUGGCUGUUCAGAUGCAAAAUAGCGCAAUUCUGAAUGUGAUUUUGAGCAACUGUAAUCCAUCACUUCUUUUGGUUGUCGAUCGUAAUGGAAAUACACCGUUACAUCUAGCGUGGAUGGCAAAAAGCUACCCAAUUGCUGAUGCUCUGAUCAAAAAAGCGCCGGACUUAGUUACACAGUUUGACAGGGACGGUGAUACGCUGUUGCAUAAGGCCGUAAAAACAGCUGAUCUGGAAUGGAUACUUUUCCUGAUAAGUGCUAAUUCCGAUGUUAACAGUCCAACACACAAUGCAUCUCACCUCACUGCUUUGCAUAUUAGCGCACAAAGUGGCAGUGAAAUUAUCAUGCGCAAUUUGAUUUUGGCUGGAGCUAAUGUGAACGCGAUUUCUGGUGAUGGUUUCACUCCUCUCCAUCUUGCUGCUUUUAACAAUCACGAAGCGCUCUGUAUGAUUUUACUGGAGAAUGGUGCGCAGCCGAAUCUUACCGAUCAGCUUGGCAAUACCCCGCUUCAUACGGCUGUGUUACGAGGUAGCGUGGCUUCUGUGAACGUUUUAGUCGCGAAUCCGCAAAUUAAUUUGCGAGUCGAGAACAAGAAAGGACAGAAUCCGUUGUUCAAUACAGCUGGCGAUUUGUCGAGAACAAAUUCGCUUGAUAUAUUGCAGAUGUUUUUAAACGCAGAUCCGGAGUUUCCUUUGGAUGCUAGAGAUAUUGAUGGAUUUACUGUUUUUCUAAUGGCAUAUCUGAAAGGAAACGAGAAUUUCUGCCGGUCGCUGUUGCGCUGCGGUGCAUGCUUGGGCGUUAUCAGUUAUACGGGUGUUUCAGUGUUCAAACAUAAAGCGCCAACAAAACAGCUUCUCUUCUCAUUGUUAGGUACGGUUGUUUAA